AUGUUGGAGUAUUGGACUGAGACGACAGGCCCAGGCCCAGCUGUAAGGGCAGGGGCAGGGGAGGUGUGGUGCAUCACUCCCAGCCGCAUCCCCAGCCCCAGCCCCAGCCAAGAGGAGAGAGGAGAGGAGAGCCGGAGGGGGAGGAGGAAGCCCAUGGGGGUCUCUGAUUUGAACACGGCGGUGGCGGCGGCGGCGGCGGCGGAGGCGUUGAGGGUGAGCGAUGAGGAUUGCGCGCGGGUGGACGCGCUGGACCGAGCUGCGCGGCGGCACCAAGGGGAAGGGGACGGCGGCCACCGCCUCAGCUUCUUCGAGGCGUUCGCGCAGCAGGGGAUCCGCGUGGAGGCCAUCCACCCAGGCCGCAUCCUCUGCUCCUUCACCGUCCCCACACGACUCACCACCAACAACAACAACCACCACCACCUGGCCCCGGGCGCCGUGGUGGCCCUGGUGGACGAGAUGGGCUCCGCCGCCAUCGUCGCCGAUGGGCACCACAUCAAGGUCUCCGUCGACAUGUCCGUCUCCUUCGUUAACCUCGCCGCCGCCGCGCCCGGAGACACCCUCCGCAUCACCGCCAGGACGCUGGGGCACAAGGGAUACUACUCCGGCACGCACGUCCUCAUCGCCAACGCCGCCACUGGGGAGGUGGUGGCCGAGGGAAGGCACUCCCUCUUCGGCAAGAUGAAGGUGAAACCAGCACCGCCCAGCACCAUCAUCAAGAGCAACAUCUGAAUCUGAAUUACUGGUUCACUUCUACUGCUGUCUAGAUUUGGUGUAUGCUAGCUUUACUGCUUGCUUGCUUCCUUCUUCACACACAAAAAAUAUAUAUAUACAUAUAAAAUAAAAAAUAAAAAAUAAAAAGUCAUGCUAGGGAGACGACAGAAAAACAUUACUCGAUUGGAAACAUCCAACAAAGUUAGAGCUACUGCAGCUCAAGUUCCUCCAUUCACCAGACGUUGUGUGAAACACAAUGACAUAUAUAUGUUCACUACUUUUGAAUUUAUUCAAGGGUCAUGCAAAUGCCA